GAAUUUGUUUCUGAAUUCAGAAAAUAACGAACAGCCGCGAAUGCAAGUAAGGUAAAGCGCUCGAAAAUAGGAAACACCAGCGGCUACAUUCAAACGGUUUCGCGUUCGCCCCAAGCGGAAACGGAAGUAAACAUUUAAGCGAGAGAUAGCGUGUGGUAGAGUGUUUGCGGCUUCGCGCGCUUAUUUGAUAUUUCAUCAACGUUUAUUCAGAAGCCAGAGACGAGACCAGCACGAUCUACAGAUCCAUAUUGGAGGCCAAAAUCUAUUGUCUGCGCGCGCGUUGUAAUAAAAAAUAGUUAAAGUGCAUUUCCUAAAUAUACCGACGUUUUUGACUCCGUUUGUUGCAUUGGAUCAACGAUCACCGUUGACGGUGGAUUCCUCCUGCCCCAAACGGAAAAAAUGCGAUAUGGAUCGAGAGCGCGAAAGAGAUGUCAAGGCCCUGGAGCCACGCGACUUGUCUUCCACGGGCCGCAUUUACGCCAGAAGCGACAUUAAAAUCAGCGCUUCGCCCACCGUCUCGCCAACGAUCUCAAACUCCUCUUCGCCCACACCGACGCCGCCUGCCAGUUCCUCAGUUACGCCGCUGGGGCUGCCCGGGGCGGCGGCGGCUGCUGCCGCCGUGGCAGCUGCUGCAGCCGGAGGCGCCGGCUCGGCGGGGGCCAGUUCCUAUAUGCACGGCAACCACAAGCCCAUCACCGGCAUACCCUGCGUGGCGGCCGCCUCCCGCUACACGGCUCCCGUACACAUCGACGUGGGCGGGACCAUCUACACCAGCUCCCUGGAGACGCUCACCAAGUAUCCAGAGUCAAAACUGGCCAAGCUCUUCAACGGCCAAAUCCCGAUUGUGCUGGACUCGCUGAAGCAGCACUACUUCAUAGAUCGCGACGGUGGCAUGUUCCGUCACAUUCUGAACUUUAUGAGAAACUCAAGACUUCUGGUUGCCGAGGACUUUCCCGAUCUGGAGCUGCUACUAGAGGAGGCCCGCUACUACGAAGUGGAGCCGAUGAUUAAGCAGCUGGAGAGCAUGCGCAAGGAUCGUGUACGCAAUGGGAACUAUUUGGUGGCGCCACCCACUCCACCAGCACGCCACAUUAAGACAAGCCCGCGGACCAGCGCGUCGCCGGACUGCAAUUACGAGGUCGUGGCUCUGCACAUCUCGCCGGACCUGGGCGAGCGCAUAAUGCUGUCGGCGGAACGGGCUCUGCUCGACGAACUCUUCCCGGAGGCCAGCCAGGCGACACAGUCGAGUCGCAGCGGCGUCUCCUGGAACCAGGGCGACUGGGGGCAAAUCAUCCGCUUCCCCCUGAAUGGCUAUUGCAAGCUGAACUCAGUCCAGGUGCUGACGCGACUCCUCAACGCCGGCUUCACCGUCGAGGCCAGUGUCGGGGGGCAGCAGUUCUCCGAGUAUCUGCUGGCGCGGCGCGUUCCAAUGUGAUAGGCUGACGCUCCUGCUCUUGCCCCCACUUCAUUUGCAGAUUCAGCCUCAUCUGCUUCUGUCUCUGGUGCGGGCUCCAGCAGCAGUCUCGGCCAAGUCUCUCUGCGGCGUGGGCGUGUAAUCCAUGUACGAACUAGGCACUAAUUGCUGCUCCAGGGGCAGGUGGCGUUGGGCGGGUAAUCGUAAGGAGAGCGUAUUGCUGCUCUUGCUUGAUGAGCAGUUUGUCUUUUAUGCUUAGAUCCUAUGCUGAGGAUGCGAGAUUUGAAUCCAAAUGUUAUUUAAUGUUUAUCAAUUAAGUUUGCUGGGCCAUGCCCACGCUCACACACUCAUGCAAGGGCCCGCCCAAGCCCACACACACAGACACACACACACACAGGCACUCAUGAGUUUCGUAUUCUUUAGGAUUUAGAGCCAAGAGCCAGCACUGAUUUUGUUUUUUAGGAUUGCGUUUAAGUCGAAUAUUGUUUUCUCUAAGUACCGCCUACAACUAAAACCAACUUGAGUUAUUUAAUUGACUAAUAUUAGAGGGACAACCCACAAAGAUUGUCCUAAUGUAGUACACAACCCCACACAGCCACAUCCACACCAACCCUCACAUCCACAUGAACACAACCUAUCGUAAAUUAACAUUAACGUAACCGUAAUUGAUGUAAUUGAACUUUUAUGAAAGUAAACUAUGGAUAACUUUUUCAAUAUAUACGAACCGACGUCUAAAUAGUCUACACCAAUUAUAAUACGAAUCCAAUUACAUGCAUAUACUAUAUAUACAUAUAUAUGCAGCAAACAGCCGUUUGUGACCACGCCCCCUCAAUAGCAGAUCCACUCAGAAUGUCUCAUUGAAUAUUUAAAUAAAGCAAAA